AUGAAUUAAUUUAUACUUCCUUAUUGCCCAAAAUAUCAUUAAUUGAAAUGGAAGAGUGAAAUCACAUAGAGUUGCCUCAUUUGUUUUAAAUCAAAAAAGGGAUCGCAAUAUUAUUGUACAGAAUGCAAAUAAGGAGUUUGCAAUGAAUGUAUUAAACCUCCUCUUGAUGGAUUUUAUUGUGGUGGUAAUCACAGGUAGUUUGGAUUAUCUAUUUAGAAUGCAAUUUAUGAGUAAUUUGCCACAUCAUUCUUGUGAUUUGUGUGGAAAAUCUAUAUCAUAAGCAUAUUCAUGUAGAGCGUGUGAUUUUGAUAUUUGUGAAAAUUGCAGAUAACUUGAUGAUUGAUUU